AACACGGCUAGACUCGUGUUUCGUCACUCCACACAAGACCAUAUAGUGUUUUGAUACGUAAUAAAUAGUUUUGGAGUUAUUUAAGUCACUUCUUUGCUUUUGAAGUUAAUAAAUAAGUAAUAAAUGUUAAUGUCGAGAUAAAUAUCGGUAGGCCCGUCGCCCUUCACCCAGCCCGCCAUUUUGAGCCUGGCGGUCGGAAUGGCUCCACCUUUUUGGGAAUACCUCGCUGGGAACGCCGGGAAUCCUGGAAUGGCAGGUUACUGGCAUCAGUCUGUGUUCUGGUCAGACUUGGGACCUGAAGUUGGCUAUGAAGGCAUUGGCAUUGUUGACUCCUCCUUGCCUGCUGUGGGCGUCCUUGCCAAGGCUGCCACCAAGGACACGCCAAGGCUGUGGAGAGGGCUUGAGAUCGAUGUCGUCUGUUUGCGGGAACAAUGGUUUGCAUGCUUUUUUUUCCCCUUGACUGCAAAUACUAGUUCUCUAGACUAUGGCAAGGGAACAAUCUUUUACCUCAGAGACAACAUUGUGCUGGGCAUCAUCCUCUGGAAAUAUUUAAUAGAGAUCAUGCAUUUCUAGUAUUAUUUAAUAUACAUUUAAUCAUUCUCUCUCUCUCUCUCGAAACGUCGCCUCCGAGGAAAACUGAUCGAAUGUUUUAAAAUACUUAAUGGUUUCACGAAUGUAGACAGAUCAACAUUGUUUAUGAUCGAUGACACUUUGCGCACGAGGAACAAUGGCGUAAAACUCAGAUGUAGACAAGUAAACUCAGACUGCACCAAAUAUUUCUUCACCAACGUUGUAGUGCGAGAAUGGAACAAGCUCCCGCCAUCAGGUCCAGUGUACAGGUAACUUGAUUUACGCGAGUUUGGUUUACGCGUUUUUUAAAUAUCGCGUGGUCCAAAACCCAAAUAAAUGUUUAAUUUACACGUUUUUUAAAUAAUGCGUGGUCCAAAACCCAAAUAAAUGUUUAAUUUACGCGUUUUUUAAAUAACGCGUGGUCCAAAACCCAAAUAAAUGUUUAAUUUACACGUUUUUUAAAUAACGCGUGGUCCAAAACCCAAAUAAAUGUUUAAUUUACACGUUUUUUAAAUAAUGCGUGGUCCAAAAUCCAAAUAAAUGUUUAAUUUACGCGUUUUUUAAAUAUCGCGUGGUCCAAAACCCAAAUAAAUGUUUAAUUUACGCGUUUUUUAAAUAUCGCGUGGUCCAAAACCCAAAUAAAUGUUUAAUUUACGCGUUUUUUAAAUAUCGCGUGGUCCAAAACCCAAAUAAAUGUUUAAUUUACG